AUGCUGCCGAAGUCCCCGGCAGCCGAGCCCCAGUGGCCUCCCCGAUCUCCCCGUGAUGUUCUUCUCAGUACGCCCAGCGGUCGGGCACGGCUGCAACGCAUGGCCGCGCAAACGUCCCCCUCGCCGCUCCGGACACGUGCUUACAGCGUGGGAAACGACGGCCUGAAUGAGGACGGAGACGGAGACGGAGACGGAGACGGAGACGAAGACGAGGACGAAGAGACGCUCCAGCUCAAGCUGCAGGAGAUCCAGGCCAAGUUGCGGCUGAAGAAGCUACAAUCAGCCAAGGCACAAAAGUCAGCGACAGAGGCCGCGGCCAUACGACCGUCGGCGUUUUCCGCAUCAACAUCAUCGACACCAGCACUGAGGGUCAACCCGCUGCCACAACGGCCGCGCUCGUCUCCCACGAAGGCGGUCGAGGUGCCGGCAUCGCCCGUGCGGCGAGCCCAGCCGGCGGCGGAGGCGAUGCUGGCAUCGCAAAAAUCGCCGCGACGUGUUCUGCUGGGCAUCGACAAGGGUCUGCGCGGUCAGGACGUGUCGCUAAAGCGGCCGCCGUCGGGGAUGCGACGAGGACUGAGCCUGACGGAGGGCUCGCGAGCAGCCAGCAGUCUGGGUGUGGUGGCCGAGACGUCGAGAGAGGCCAGGCAGUCGGAGUUGCGGCCGCUCAGCUUCAACGAGCGGCUCGCGGCAGCACGGGUGCAGGAGACGGCCUUGCAGGACCGGAAGGAGAAGAUCCAGAAGCUGCGCAGCGGGGCCUUUGCGGUGGGCAAGGAGGAGGUCGAGGUUUACAAGACGCGGGCAAUGGACAUUCCCUUGGCUCCGGAAAAGCCGCAGCAGUUCACCCGCGAAGACAUUAUCGACGUUGCCGUGAGAGGGAAGAAGCCGCCUGGCGACAGUCAGCUGCUGCAUCGCAGCCGGACGAUGCCCAGCCUGCGAGCUGAUGGUGAUGGUGACGGUGAGGAGAGGGCUCGAAGCGGGACGCCAGCGCCAGCGCCAGCAAACAGAGCGGCCGACGGAACAGGCGACGGAACGACGGCGGAUUCGCCAUCGUCGUUUGAGCCAUACAGCGGGUUCCACCUGUCGAGACGGAUUCUGCCACACACAGUGGUGGCGCGAGCAGUGGCAGGCAAGACGAUAUACAUGUUGCAGGAUCUGCUGCGGGAGGUCAAGGCGCCCAACUUUGAGCUGCCAGACGUGGAGACGGACGUGGUGGUGCUGGCAAUCGUGGCGUCCAAGUCGGAUCCACGAGCACAUAAGCCGGUAAGCAGCGGUGGCGCCGACGGAGGAUCAUCGGCAUCGGCAUCAGCAUCGGCGGCGGCGAAGAAGAAGGAGGAGGACCGCGGCAAGUACAUGGUGGUGACGCUGGUGGACCUGACAUACCAGGUGGACCUGUUCCUGUUCAAAUCGGGCUUUGAGCGGUACUGGAAGCUAUCGACGGGAACGGUAGUGGCAAUCCUGAACCCGGUGGUGAUGCCGCCACCACCAGGACGACACGACACAGGGCGAUGGGGUCUGGUGAUCAACUCAGACGCGGACACGAUCUUGGAGAUUGGGACGGCGCGGGACUUGGGCUACUGCAAGUCGGUCAAGAAGGACGGACAUCUGUGCAGCGACUGGGUCAAUGCGAAGCGCACCGAGUUUUGCGAGUUCCACACCAACGAGGCAGUGCGACGGAUGCGGGCGACCCGCAACGAGAUCAACGGAGCGGCGGGCUUUGGUGGCGGGCGACAGCAGCAGCAAGGCGGACGGCCGGGCAGCAGCUUCUCGUCGCGUGGGACUCGCAGUCGUGGCGGCAGCGGCAGUGGCUGGGGCGGCCGCGAGCCGACAUCCAACACGGGCUACGACUGGACAGCACACAGCCGAUACUUCAUGUCGGGAAGCGCCAGCGCGAGUUCGCUGCUGGACGGCGACGGUGGCGGAUAUGCAGACAAGGUGGAGCGGCAGGAGGGCAUCAAGCGGCGGCUGGCGGCCAAGGAGCGCGAGACGGACAUUGCGCGCAAGCUGGGCGAGCUGGGAGCGGGAGCCGGCCGCGACUACAUGCAGCUGACAGCACUGGAUCGAGCGGUGGCAGCGGUAGGGAAGAACAGGGCGGCGACACCGCGCGAGGGCAGCGGAUCUCGAGCGGCGAUGGCGACGGCAACCACGGGAAUGUCGGCAGCUGAACAGGCGGCAGCAUCGCGGGCGAGCUUGUUGGCGUCGGUGGCAUCUCGACGAGGAGCAGCAGCAGGAGCCGAAAACACAGGACGAUCGACGUCAUCGGCAGCAACAUUGGCGUCUCACGUGAUCCAGCUCGGUCCGCUGACAAAGCGCAAGCGAUCGCAGUCGGUGCUAUCGUCGCGGUCGCAGUCGAGCGUGACAGGUGGCGAGACGGAGCCGACAGCACGUGACCGGAUGGCUGGACUCGGCUGGGGAUCGGGGCUGCGAAACAAGCUGGGCCGCAUGAAGGAGGGCGAAAGGCUGACGCCGGCGACGAUGACGAAGACGACAAUGUCGGCCGCAUCAGCAUCAGUAGCAGCAGCAGCGGCGGCGGUAGCAAAAAAGGGACCGUCACCAGAGCGGUCGCCAGUGCGGAAGAAGACGAGAUUUCUGCUGGGUGGCAAGGGGAUCCGCGAGGCUGGACGCGAGAGCCUGGGGAUUCCGCAACACAAAGGCGACAGCGGCGCCCGAAUUCAUCAGAACAACGCGGAUGUGGACCCGAUGAACAACCGGACGAGCUCUGCUUCGGCGCCGUCGUUUGCGGAGGCGCAGCGGCGGCUGGCGGAACGACGACGCGACCGGGAAAGAGGAGGCGGUGGACAAUCAGCUCCUCUGAGGGGAGUCGGUAGCCGGCCAGCUUCCGAGAGACACGGGAGAGGCGUGGGCCAGUCAGCGCUUCUGCAGCGUGUAGGCGGCAAGGCGAUGGCGGCGUGGGAGCGGCUGGGCGGGUCGUCGCUCUCAUCGCUGUCGUCGCUGUCACCGCCUUCGUUUCGCGUCGGGCAGGUGGACGCGGAGCUGCUGGACGAGGAGCUGCUGUCGCUGAUGCAGACGCAGGUGGGCGAGGCGCUGCGGCACGUACGAGGCGGCACGCUGGGCGACGACUGGGGCGCGGAGAUUUUGCUGGGCCUGCGGGCAGCGCUGUUUAAGCUCUCGGUCUGGGACCACGACGCGACAUACGGGGCAGCGCUGCAGAACCUGCGAUUUGCCGACGCGCGGCAAUCGGUGGCGCCGGGCGUGGUGGUGGCGCCAUCGCGCUGGCAGAAGGCGCUGUACGGCGUGGCCACGGUGGGCGGACGAUACGCGUGGACUAAAUGGGAGGACUGGCUGCGCGACAACGACGGAGGAGACGAGGACGAGGACGAGGAUGAGGCUUACAGCGAGGUCUACAAUGACCGGACGCGCGGGACACGCAUCUCGGCGCAGAUGGUGCGGCGGCUGGCGCGCGUGACGGGCUGGAUGACGGACGCGUACGCGGCGGCAGCGCUGGUCUCGUUCCUCGUGUUCCUGCGGCACGGGCGCUACCGCACGCUGCUGGACCGGGUGCUGCGGAUGCGGCUGGUGCCGCCGACAAGUCAGGUCAGCCGCGAGGUGUCGUUUGAGUAUCUGAACCGACAGCUGGUGUGGCACGCCUUUACCGAGUUUCUGCUGUUUGUGCUGCCGCUCGUCGGCAUCCAGCGGUGGCGGCGCUGGGCGGCACGGACGUGGCGGCGAGCACGAUCAUGGGGGAGCAAGGGGACAACGGCAAAGGAAGAGAUGGGGACAGGCGGCGUGCUCAGCUUUCUGCCGGAGCGCACGUGCGCGAUCUGCUACCAGGACCAGAACACGGCGACGAGCGAGGCAGACGUGCUGGCGCAGGCGGCCGCAUCGAGCGGCGUGGUCGGCUCAGCCGAGACAGACGUGACAAACCCAUACGAGGCAGCGCCGUGUGGCUGCGUCUACUGCUACGUGUGCGUGGCGACGCGGAUCGAACGCGAGGAGGGCGAUGGGUGGACGUGUCUGCGCUGCGGCGCGGUGGCACGCUCGUGUCGGCCCUGGAGCGGCGACGUGCUGGAGGCAGCCGGGAGCGGUGACGGUGACGAGACGGCAGCAAGAGCAUUGGGAGCAGUGGCUACAGUGACUGCAGACCGACCGUCCACGUCUUCAUCGACUGCAUCCCACCACCCGCACAAGACGGUCGGGUUUGCCGACGACGUCAAGGCGGUCGACGAGGACGAGGACGAGGGCGAGGACGGCAGCCAGGACGAGGUGAUCGUGGAUGAGGCCGAGGACGGGAACGGACUGGCAGAUGCAGACACGAGCGCAGGCGCCGUCAGCAUGAGCGACUCGGGAUCCGAAGCGUACGAGGAGGACGAGGCGAGCGGAGAGAUGGACGCGUGA